AGUCUUUCUUGCUUGGAUUUUCUGGCUUACUUCGAUGCUCGCGUUUCGUUCUCUCAAACUAAUUUCCACACGUGCUAUUGCUCUCUCUGCUGCCAAGAGGUCAUUCUCCUCCUCCAUCGUAGCUCAUAAUACACCAACCUCUCUUCAUGCGUUUACUGAUGAUGAGUUAAUGCUCAGAGAGUCAGUUGCUGACUUCGCACAGAAUAUCAUCAAACCUCUGGUUCCUCAGAUGGAAGAAGAGGAGCAAAUGCCAUCCGAACUUAUCAGUAACCUUUUUGAACAUGGGCUUAUGGGAGUGGAAACAUCGGCGGACCUUGGUGGCUCGGAAAUGUCCUUCACUGCAGCAUUAAUUGCUAUUGAAGAGCUGGCCAAAGUGGAUCCUUCAGUCAGUGCCAUGGUCGACAUUCAUAAUACCCUAUGCAACACUAUUUUGAAAAAAUACGGGACAAAGGAGUUGAGCGAACGCUAUUUGCCUCAACUGGCGACAAAGUCGGUGGCCAGUUUUUGUCUGUCGGAAGCAGGAGCUGGAAGUGAUGCAUUUGCUCUUCAAACAAGGGCAGAAGAUAAAGGUGAUCAUUACCUGUUGAACGGAACAAAGAUGUGGAUCAGUAACUCCAAGGAAGCCGACGUCUUUAUAGUAUUUGCAACGGUAGAUCCAAGCAAAGGCUACAAGGGUAUCUCCUGCUUUGUCGUCGAAAGAGAUUGGGGUGUCACAAUUGCCAAGAAGGAAAAGAAGCUGGGUCUGCGAGCAUCAUCGACGUGCGUGGUCAACUUUGACGAUGUCAAAGUGCCGAAAGAGAAUGUGCUGGGAGAGAUUGGGCUAGGCUAUAAAUAUGCCAUAGAAAUGCUGAACGAAGGUAGAAUCGGUAUUGCAGCACAAAUGACGGGUCUUGCUCAGGGUGUGUACGACAUGGCUCUCCCAUACAUGUACGAGCGUAAACAGUUCGGUCGCCAUAUUGGUGACUUCCAAGGCAUGCAGCAUCAGUAUGCUCAAAUUGCUACAGAGAUUGAAGCUUCCAGGCUCUUAACGUACAAUGCUGCCAGAAUGAGAGAGGAAGGCCGUAACUUUGUGCAGGAAGCUGCUAUGGCCAAGUUGUUUUCUUCUCAAGUGGCGGAGAAAGCUGCUUCCAAAGCGAUUGAAUGGAUGGGAGGAAUAGGCUUUACCCGAGAAGCUGGUCUAGAGAAAUUUUAUCGGGAUGCCAAGAUUGGCGCUAUCUACGAAGGCACAAGUAAUAUGCAAUUGCAAACAAUCGCUAAGAUCCAAGCUGAGAAAUACAAAUAAAGUAGAAUAGAGAAAUUGAUACAGGAUAUAAAUAAAGGUACUGAAAGUUUUGAAAUUUGAGAACGUGAGCCAUCACUACUGAAGUUGAUGGCGGUAUUUCAAAUGUGCAAGUAAUGGACAGCGAGAUGGCAGAUCAAAAUUUGGCAAUCACUACC